UCUCUGCAUACAUCAUACACAAACCAACUAUUGAUUCAUAAGGGUUGAUAAACGGAUUCUGGCAGAUUCAUCUUUCUUUUCAAGAAUUUUAGCAGAAGCUUUUGUGCAUUCACAAGAAUCAAGCAACAUUUCAAUGCAACUCGCACCCGAAGAUUCAUAGAGAGAUCAAUCACAAUGGGUUGUGCUAAGUCAUCGAAUAACAGUAGUGGUCGACGUAGUAGUAGACAAAUUACAAUCACAAAGCCGAUGCCUUGGAGCCACACUGAAUCAAUCAAUCGUGACCAGCUUAACAAAAUGCGUGACGAGUUUUGGGACACCACUCCAUUUUAUGGUGGCAAAAGAGAGAUUUGGGAUGCACUUCGAGCAGCUGCGGAGGCGGAGUUACACUUAGCACAAACAAUAAUCGAUAGUGCGGGAAUUAUCGUUCACGAGCCGGACUUGACGGUUUGCUAUGACGAGAAAGGUGCAAGAUACGAGUUACCGAAGUAUGUUUUGAGUGAGCCAACGAAUAUGGUCAAUGAUUAGAGAUGAGAACAUUUUGGCGACAUGGCAGUUUUAACAUGAAGUUUGUAGAUCAUGUAUAGAUAAUUUUUUUACCAUGUUAUGUUUGAUUUUUUCAUAUUCUUGUUAAAAAUGUGAAUAAAAAUACAGGAUUUUGUGUCAUGGAUAUUAUCGAUAUGUGACAUUUUGGGUUGAAGGAUAAUGGAUAUAUACGAUAUAUAGAAAGA